AUGCAAUUUGAACAAUUACCAAAUGAAAUACUCAUUGAAUGCUUUCAAUAUCUCAAUGCACCUGAUAUCUUUCACUCAUUUGAUCGAUUAAACUAUCGGCUUUAUAUACUUAUUCGAAACAUAGAUUUACAUCUCAAUUUUGAACAAGUGAAAAAGUCUCCGUUUAAUGAAUUUUGUCAAACAAUACGAUUAAAUCCGGAAAUAAAACGAAACAUCAUUUAUUUAAAAUUAUCAAAUAUAGAUUUACGUGGACAAACUGAAUCAUUUUUUUCAUUAUUUGCAUUAAAAAAAUUUAUUAACCUUCGAUCACUAUCAGUUAUUGACAUCCGUCAUGAUGAUAUAAAACAAAAUUAUCAUACUGAACGAGAACAAGAACACGAACGAGUCUCAUCUAUGUUAACCUUAUUACCUAAUUUAUACCGAUUUUAUGCUCCUGAAUGGAGAUUAGAAGCACAGGCUAUAUCUAAAUCGAAAAUACAAGUGUUAUCAUUAUGGAAGUAUGAUCUAACAUUUCUUUGUGAAAUAUCAUCAGUUACAUCAUUAAGAAUUCGUUUCUGUACUGCACGUGAGUUACGGACAAUAUUGAAUUAUACACCGAUGUUAAAAUAUAUAAAAAUCGACAGGUUUUCAGAAUAUGAUAUGCUAUACAAUAUAUAUUAUAGUAUGCAAGAUGAUAACAAUGUGGACUAUAAAUCCGAUUUUAGUAAGAUAUGUGCUGUUCAUUUAAAACAGUUACAUCUAGAUGAUUCUGAGACUUCUUUUGAAAUUAUCGAACAAUUGUUAAAAUGUUGUCCAAACUUGAAAAUCUUUUCAAUCUUUGCCAAAAAUGCUCGUAAUAUGAUUGAUGCUAAUCGAUGGCAGCACCUCAUCGAAUCUUCAUUACCACUAUUACGUAUAUUCAACUUCGACUUUCAUUAUCGCCAUUCUGAUCCUUACGAUAAUAUGUUGAUCAGGCUUUCACCAUUCCAAACUGAUUUUUGGCAUCAACACAAUUGGUAUAUCAAUUAUGCAGUCGAUAACGAAUUUACAUCAGUUUAUACUAUACCAUAUUCAUUUACUCACUAUACAUUAACAUCUACUAUGAAAAAAUACAAUAGUCCAUCGACAAAUGGUGUAAAUGAAUUUGAUAAUGUUAAGUAUUUAUCUUUGUUUACUGGUGCAAUUAGAGACGAUUCAUCAUGGUAUUUUCGAAAUGUUCAAUCAUUAAGUUUAGCAAAUAUUCGUUUUUAUCGUGUUAAAGACGAUGAGUACGAAUUGAAAAUAGAACAUUUGAAGACGAUAGUCAACCUAUCAAAUAUCGCAGAAUUAGAAAUUACAGAAGAAUGUGCAGUUAAAUCAGAAUUACUAUUUGAAAUAUUAAAGCAAAUGCCAAAUAUAUCAUCAUUAAUCUUAAAGAAGAAAAUUACAAGUUCAUUUUACACCAAUCACGAACUCUGUGAACUUUUGAACAAAAAGAUUAAAAUGUUCGAUUAUAGUAAUCCAGCUUCCACUAAUUAUUUUAAAAUCCAAGAUUUAGAUUGGUUUUGUAAAACAUUUUCAAAUGUCGAAGAACUGCAUUGUGAUAUCGAUAAUGUUGAUGAUUUUUUAUUUAUAUUAACAAAAUGUGCCAAAUUAUCAUUAAUAAAAAUCGAAUGCGUUAGUAAAUUAAUCUAUAGAUGGUUUGAACUCAAUGCAUUAACAUUAAAUGUUUACAUUAAUUAUGAACUAAAAUAUGAUGAAUCAGAAAUUGAUUAG